UGAGCCGCCGCGGGCCCCUUGGCCUGUGUGAGCCCUGCGCUGGCCGCCUCCAUGGCGCCAUGCACUUUGACGGCUGCAUCCGCUUCGACCUGUCCCCUCAAGGCUCCAUUCUGGCCCGAAACAUGUCGACGCGCUCAUGCCCCCCACGCACCAGCCCUGCCUCUGACAUGGAGGAGGAGGAGGAGGGACCGGUGGACAGCAGAGGGGAGUGCAGGAGCUCAGCACUGAAGCUGCCCAAGAAGAAGGCUUGGCGCAGGCACACAGAUGACCCCAGCAAAGAGUGCUUCACCCUGAAGUUUGACCUCAGUGUUGACAUUGAGGUGGAGAUUGUGCCAGCAGCAAAGAAGAAGUCCCUGGGGGAGGUGCUGCUGCCAGUCUUUGAGAGGAAGGGGAUCGAGCUGGGCAAAGUGGACAUCUUCCUGGACCAGUCACACACGCCACUGUCCCUCCAGUUUGAGGCGUACCGCUUUGGGGGGCACUACCUGAGGGUGAAAGCCAAGCCUGGGGAUGAGCUUAAAGUGGUGCAGACAGCGUGGGACACCAGGUUAGCCAGCUUGCCCAUCCUGCACCCUGCCUGCACCACCACCCUCCUUGAGCCAACGCCAGAGCUGGGACACCAGGAUGGCACAGACAGCCUGGCUCCGGGCCGGCGGAGGAAGAACAUGACAGAGUUCCUGGGGGACACCAGCAUCCCCAGCCCCGAGCUGGCCCCCCACAGCAGCAGCUCCCUGCCCACCAAUGGCACCGACACCUGGAAGAACCGCGCUGCCAGCCGCUUCAGUGGCUUCUUCGGCUCUGGCACCAGCACCAGCUCCUUGGGGCGGGAAUCAGAGAAGCUGGAGCAGCUGGCAAGCAGACUGCACACCUACAGCACCUUCGGGCUGCCCAAGCUGCCGCCCCAGCUCUGCUUUGACCGUGACUCCUGGGAGGAGGAUGGGGACGAGGCCGGGCUGGCACUGGAGGACAGCUGGCAGCAGAUCAUCCAGGGCGCAGAGGGCCUGUCACGCCGGCAGUGCCACCAGCAGGAAGCCAUCUGGGAGCUGCUGCACACUGAGGCCACCUACAUCCGCAAGCUCAAAGUCAUCACUGAUCUCUUCCUCUGCUGCCUGCUGAACCUGCAGGAGUCGGGGCUGCUCUGUGAGGUGGAUGCUGAGAGGCUCUUCAGCAACAUUGGGGAGAUCAUCCGGCUGCACUGCCAGUUGUGGCGCAGUGUCAUGGCCCCAGUGCUGGCCAAGGCACGCCAGACUGGGGCACUGCUCAACCCCAUUGACUUUCUCAAUGGUUUCAAGAUGUUCGGCUCCCUCUUCGAACCCUACAUGCGGUACUGCAUGGAGGAGGAGGGCUGCAUGGAGUACAUGCGUGCACUGCUGCGGGACAGCGAGCUCUUCCGUGCCUACGUGACGUGGGCUGAGAAGCAUGAGCAGUGCAGCCGCCUGAAGCUGAGUGACAUGCUGGUGAAGCCCCACCAGCGCCUCACCAAGUACCCGCUGCUCCUCAAGUCCGUGCUGAAGAAGACUGAUGAUCCGCGUGCCCACGACGCUAUCGCCACCAUGAUUAGCUCUGUGGAGCGCUUCAUCAACCACGUCAACUCGCGGAUGCGCCAGCGGCAGGAGCAGCAGCGCCUGGCUGCCAUCCUCAGCCGCAUCGAUGCCUACGAGGUGGUGGAGGGCAGCUCUGAUGAGGUAGACAAGCUGCUGAAGGAGUUCCUUCGGCUGGACCUGACGGCCCCCAUCCCUGGCACCUCCACGGAGGACACCCGGCAGCUCCUCCUCGAGGGCAAUCUGCGGAUGCGGGAAGGUAAAGACAGCAAGAUGGAUGUCUACUGCUUCCUCUUCACUGACCUCUUCCUCAUCACCAAGCCCCUCAAGAAGGCUGAGCGCACCAAGGUAGUCCGUCAGCCCUUGCUGAUAGACAAGGUUGUCUGCCGAGAGCUCAGGGACCCGGGGUCCUUUCUCCUCAUCUACCUGAACGAGCUGGGGAGCGCUGUGGCUGCGUACACCUUCCAGGCCAGCGGGCAGUCGCUGUGCCGCAGCUGGGUUGACGCUGUGCGCAACGCCCAGGUGAGGGGCUGGGGGGGGCGGGCGGAGGUCCCGCAGGUGCCCCCUGCCUCUCUGAUGCCUCUUCUCCCUCCCCAGAACCUGCUUCAGCACCUGCGGCAGCGCCGGCGCCUGGAGGAGGAGCAUGAGGAGGAGGAGGAGGAUGGCGAGAGCGGCGCCUCAGCUGCGAGCUCACCCACUGUUCAGCGCCAUGGCAGCACUAGCCCAGAUUCACAGCAGUGCCCCUCUGAUGGCUCUACCGAGACCCUUGCUGUGGUGGUGGCAGACAGCAGCGGUGAGCUCUCUUCCCCGGACUGGGACACAGGGCCCUUCGGCUCAGCCUCGGACGGCUCCUCUGUCGGCACCAGCACCUCCGUCGGCACCGGCACGUCUGCCGAGACCGCCACCCAGGAGCCGCCGGCAGGCGCCCUGCCUGUACCUCUGCCCCAUGGUGCCCCCCCACCAGCUGGUGGCUGCCGCUCAUCCUCCAUCGACAGUGCCUAUGGCACGCUCUCCCCCUCCUCCCUGCGGGACUUCGGCCAGCAGCCAGAGGGGAAGGAGCCCCCUCUGGCCCCACGGCCCCCCUCCCCCCGCCUGCGCCGCCGCACGCCCGUGCAGCUCCUGCCCUGCCCGCCCAGGGUGCUCAAGUCCAAGUCGGAGGCCAGUCUGCCCCAGCUCUUGCCCCCUGGCCCCCUGGCCCCCCUCAGCCAGAGCCGCAGCCUCUCCGACCUCUGUGCUGGCCCACCCCAGACUAGCCAAGUUCUCAGCCCCUCAGCCGCCCAUGGCAGCAGUGGCAGCUCCACUGCCGAGCUCUCGGAGCCAGAGGAGCCGCUGGAGAGCCCAACGUCCCUCCCUGGGGAGCUCAGUCGAGACCCACCGCCCGCUGCCCGCCGGACCCUCUCGGACCCGCAGUCAGCACAGCACCGCAAGCUGACCCUGGCACAGCUCUACCGGCUCAGCACCACGCUGCUGCUCAACUCCACGCUGACUGCCUCGGAGGUCUGAGAGCUGCGGGGUGGCAACAACAGACGUGUGGCCAUGCCAGGGAGCUGCUCCUGCUUCUAACCAUAGCAUAACUUCGGGGCCGGGCAGAGCAGGCACUGGGCUGCCACGCUGGUGGAGACACGAUGGGGAUACAGACUGACUGGUCCCCUCGGACAGACGUGCCCCAGGCAGGGCAGCACGGGGCUGCCUGCUUCUCCCUGGAGUGGAGAUGGACAUGGCACGUGGCUUGUGCCAAACCCUUGUCUGCAGAGAUGAGGGUUGUCGGUCAGGGCCCAACCACACCCCGUGGUGUGUUGGGCAGGCAGUCCUGGGGCUGUGGGGUGGCCCUCAUGGGCAAGGAAGGAACAAUGACAACGUUGGCCAUGAUAAGUGGGGAAGGUGAUGAGAGGGAUGCAGUGCCAGUGGCACUGUGCUGUGGGCGGUGUGGUGAGGAGGCUGGGGCUGGUGGCAGGAGGGGAUGGUGCUGGGCUGAAGCAGGUGGUGACCCCAGGGUCUGGCUGGGGCAGGGUUUGCCCCUGUGUGGGCACAUCCCCUGUGUGAUGGGAUGGCCAGUAGCGGAGGGCAGCAGAUGGUGCCAGAGCAUGGAAGCUGUAGGAGAUGUGGUGGUGGCUGGAGCACCAGCUGACAUCCUGUGCCAGGUGGUGCUCUGUGUCCUGGCCAAGCAAUAAACCCAGCUGGUGCCCA